CUUGUGACUAGGCCUAUUCCUAACCUGCUGUACAUGCUCGACUGAAUUAUAAUAACGUGCAUGUAUAGUCCCAUAAAUUUAGCGUUCUAGCUAACGGUACACCAAGGUCCAAUCUUAGCUCACUUUCAGCAUCCGUUCCCCAUUGUUCUCUCAUUUGGUAAAGUAUACCGUACGUAGAGUGUGAGCUAUAGACCGUUAGACAAUUAAGGCAAACGUGUGUUGUUAUAUUCCUAUAUCAUUUUAGAUUUAGUCAGAUUGGUAUUAGAAAGCAUCUGCUUGCUUCCAUAAUGUCAAAUCUGAAACUUCUAGUAGCAAUGGGUCUUGUUUGCUGCACCGCUGCUGCUAUCGCGAAACAGGAGAACCCAGACCUUGACAGCGAGUGGUCAGACUGGAAAACCACCUUCAGCAAAACCUACGCUGAUACUGCUGAGGAGAAGGAGAGAAGGUUUGUAUGGGAGGAAAACCUGAAGCUGAUCAACUUGCACAACAUUGACAUCAAGAAAAAAGGAUAUACACUACGAAUGAACGGAUUCGGGGAUAAGAGACUGCAUGAGUUCCGUAAUACCGUGAUUGGCUACAGGACCUCCAAUUAUACCAUGCAACAAGGAAAUACCUUCUUGAAUCCAUCCAAUGUUAAUGUACCUGACACUGUUGAUUGGAGAACCGAGGGAUACGUCACUCCAGUCAAGAAUCAGGGCCUAUGCCACUCCGACUGGGCCUUCAGCACUACCGGAUCGCUCGAAGGACAGAUGUUCAGGAAGACAUCAAAACUGACUAGCCUCAGCGAACAGAACCUGAUCGACUGUUCAAGCAGUUAUGGAAACGAAGGCUGCCAGGGCGGUCUCGUGGACAAUGGCUUCCGAUACAUUCAAGGCAAUGGCGGUAUCGACUCGGGGGAUUGCUAUCCCUACCAUGCAGAGAGUCAGAUAUGUCAGUACAACCCCUCAUGUGAUUCUGCUGAAGUCACUGGAUAUGUUGACAUCAAGCGUCAGGAUGAGGACGCCCUCAAGUCAGCUGUUGCUUUGGUUGGACCUAUCUCGGUUGCCAUAGACGCCUCUCACUACUCUUUCCAAUUUUACCAUUCCGGUGUGUACGAUGAACCCCAAUGUAGUAACAUCUUCCUGACUCAAUGUGUUCUAGUUGUUGGUUAUGGAAACUACGGAGGAAAAGACUUUUGGCUCGUUAAAAACAGCUGGGGGACAAGCUGGGGUUCAGAUGGUUAUAUCAUGAUGUCUCGAAACAAGAACAACCAGUGCGGUAUCGCUACUAUGGCCAGCUAUCCACUCGUCUAAACAUUCAUAUUGUGGCGUAUCUGGUAAAGGACUACCUCAUGGGGGGGGGGGGGGGCAUAUCUAGAAGCGGAUUUUGUUUUCAAAUAUGGCCUGCCCAGUUUCUUUUUUGUGUCAGACCGGGGGAGGGGGGGGGGCAGGGACGGGAACAGCUUCCGGGAUUGGCCCGGGGCUUGUGACAUCAUCUUCGUCAAAUCGAUUAUUCAAGUUAUUUUCAUCAUGGACCUACUACUAGGGAGCAUAACAACCUAGCAAGCUUCUUUGCUACUUUUGAAUGUAAAACUUGGCAUUUCAAACCAUCUAAAGUGUACCACUGAGAAUAGCUGCACAGAGAACUUUUCGAGGUCAAGUGAGGUUUAGAGGUUCUGUAGGUUACUGUACAUAAGUCGCCUUCAGGGGACCGUUCAUGAAAGUGUCACUACUGACAAGGUGAUUUUCUCUGACAGUUGCCAUAGUAAUAGUCAGAUUUUAGUGCCUUUCAUUCAUCAAAAACCAAGAAUUUCACUGAAAUUGUAAGCGCUGACAGGUUAGUCAGUGCUGACAAUAACUUUCAUGAAAUGCCCCCACAUGCCCCAGGUGACCAUCUUAAUAAUAAUAAUAAUAAUAAUAAUAAUAUAGGGUAUUUGUAUUGCGCACAUAUCCACCUUGUUAGGUGCUCAAGGCGCUCCUAUAUUACCCGGCUAAGUUAGGCGUUCAUAGCGCACACAGCUUUUUAAGGAAUUACUUCCUACCGGUACCCAUUUACCUCACCUGGGUUGAGUGCAGCACACUGUGGAUCAGUUUCUUGCUGAAGGAAAUUACGCCAUGGCUGGGAUUCGAACACACGA